GCCACAGUCGAACUCCACCUCAUAGUCGAACUCCAAAUUACUUUCUCGCAGCGAGAGAGAGAGAGAGAGAGAGAGAGAUGGGAAGGAGGCCAUGCUGUGCAAAAGAAGGGCUGAACAGAGGAAUAUGGACCGCCGGGGAGGACAAGAUCCUCGUCGACUACAUCCAAGCUCACGGCGAAGGGAAAUGGCGAGACCUCCCUCAGCAAGCUGGGUUGAAGCGUUGUGGGAAGAGUUGCAGAUUAAGGUGGUUGAAUUAUCUGAGGCCAGGUAUCAAGAGAGGAAACAUCUCCAUGGAUGAAGAAGAGCUCAUCAUCAGACUGCAUAAUCUCUUGGGCAACAGGUGGUCGUUAAUAGCCGGAAGGCUCCCUGGACGAACAGACAAUGAAAUAAAGAAUCACUGGAACACCAACCUUAGCAAGAAGGUGCAGGACCAGAUGCAUAAAACUCCUGUCAAGCGGCCUGAUGAAUUGGAACCUGGGAGUGAGAUGUCGAAGGAAGAGUCACCAUCGGGAGCAAAGCCACACCCGGUUAUUCGGACGAAAGCAAUCAGAUGCACUAGGGUUAUCCUCCCAACCCCACUGAUCGAUCAAGUAGCUGACAAGGCGACUUCGGUUCACAAUUCAAACAGCGAGACCUCAUCUUAUUCAUCGACUCGCCAAAGCAACUUCUCUUCUGACUUUCUAGCCGAUUUCAACAUCGACGACCUUCUAGUGUCGGGCGAAGCUCAAAAUCUGGAUUCGUGUUUCCCUCUCGGAGGGGAGAAGGUUGAUUGCUAUCCUUCCGAUUUCGCUCUUUCUGUGCAUGAUGAUGCCGAAGGUAUCCGUUCGGAAGGACUUGAGAACUGGAGGGACGAUGACGAGCCUUUUCAACCGAGUGGAAGUUUCGAUUUCAAUUCAUUGGCAUCAUUUCUUGAUUCAGAAGAUGGUUACAAUUUAGAUGAAUAAGCUACUGUGGCCACAAUUUGGAUUAGUCAUUCAUGCAAGGCUUAGAAUGUACUUCAUUGGAAGAGCAAAUUGUUGAAAGCAAAAUAAUGUCUUGUACUUUCGAGGAUCUAUUGCAACUGGAU